CUCAUGGUAGUGGAACUACCUUACCCAAAAUCCUAAGCACAGUGUCGCCCGCCUUCCGCUUCCUCCUGCCCAUCGGAAGGCUGAGAACAUGAGGAGUCGCUGGGCUUGGCGCCUUCUGCGCUCCGAUGGCACCACGGGCCGCUGGGUUUCAACUCCGCGCGGGCGUUUCUCGCCGGCUCUGCGGAGAGAUUUCUUGACCACCACAAGCAAAGGAGGAUAUGAUAGCAGGCCAGUGGACAUAACUCCUUUAGAACAAAGGAAAUUAACUUUUGAUACUCAUGCAUUGGUUCAAGAUUUAGAAACUCAUGGAUUUGACAAAGCACAAGCGGAAACAAUUGUAUCAGCAUUAACCACUUUGUCAAAUGUCAGCCUGGACACUAUCUAUAAGGAGAUGGUCACUCAAGCACAACAGGAAAUAACAGUUCAACAGCUAAUGGCUCAUUUGGAUUCUAUCAGGAAAGAUAUGGUCAUCCUAGAAAAAAGUGAAUUUGCAAAUCUGAGAGCAGAGAAUGAGAAAAUGAAAAUUGAGUUAGAUCAAGUUAAACAACAACUGAUACAUGAAACCAGCCGAAUCAGAGCAGAUAAUAAACUGGACAUCAACCUGGAAAGGAGCAGAGUAACAGAUAUGUUUACAGAUCAAGAAAAGCAACUUAUGGAAGCAACCACAGAAUUUACCAGAAAGGAUACCCAAAUCAAAAGUGUUAUUUCAGAGACCAGUAAUAAAAUUGACGCUGAAAUUGCUUCCUUAAAAACACUAAUGGAGUCUAACAAACUUGAGACAAUUCGUUAUCUCGCAGAAAGCAGACGCACAGGUAUAGAGGCAGUAGAAGAGAAGAAGCACAUGAAUCGUCUAGUCCAGCAGCCACUAAUUAAUCAGAGGAGUACCAGAUAUCCAAGGAGCCAACCUUGGGUGGAGCAAGUAAAUGGAGAAACAGUAAACAACUGCUCGCAGCCUCCAGGCACAAGAGCACUCUCUCAUGGGUGCUACAGUCAGUGAGCCAGGAGUGGCUCUCAGAUUCUUUGAGUGUGCAGUUCAUUCUGAUGGGAAUGUUAAAACACUGUCAUUUGUGCUGGCUGAAAGCUCAACAUAGCUGUGGUCUCAAAAAAUCUCAAUUCCUUAAGGAGCGUCAGUUUUGCAAGAUGAAGACAGUUCUGCACAUUGGCUGCACAACCAUGUGAAUGUAUUUAACACUACUGAGUUAAACACUUAACAUGGCUAAGAAGGUAAAAUAAUGCAUUUUACCACAAUUUUUAAAAAAAGAAUCUUAAAUCUUCCAUCUAGGAGCUUUGAUGGAUCCUAAUAUGCUUGAUGAGAUGAAAGAACAAGUUGCUGGGGGCUGGGGAUUUAGCUCAGCGGCAUAAGCACCUGCCUUGCAAGCAGGCGGUCGUGAGUUCGAUCCCUGGUACCGAUAAAAAUGAAAAAGACAAAAAAAAAAAAAAAAAAAAAAAGAACAAGUUGCUAAUCAAAAAAUUUUCAUAUGGUAUUCAGAAAGGUACCUAAAUACAAAUUCAGUGUUAAGGACAUUACUUUUCAGACUCAAGCUGUUCUUUCUUCUGCUUUAGAUCCUCUUCUGUUAUCCCACCCAAAUGUUUGUAGUUGCUCUCAGCAAUUUCCAGUAGGUGUCUCAAUUCUAUAAUCUUCUUAUAAGCUCUCACUGCAAGACAGUUGAAUAAGAACCUAAUUUAGAUAGAUAACAUGUUCUCAGGGUACUAAUCCUCUCAUACAUUUUCUCCUCCUAGAGCCACUGUCUCUGUGGUUGAGUAGGAAGCUGGAGAGCAGCAUAUAUUACACAUAAAAGGAUAAAUAUUGUUAAUAGAAUAUUUGAAGGAACAAGCAAUGAUAUACCUAAGUAGGAGAUUCUUCCCCUUCUACUAGGGCAAGUAUCAACUUAUGAUAACUAUUAACACUAUGAACAAUGUUUAAAGAAAACCAGCAGUGUAUUAGGACUAGUGCUAUAUAAUAGGAUCAUAUAUUAUCUACAGUAUGUUAUAAAUUUUCCAAAAAGUUAAAUAUGCAUGACUAAUUUUAAAUAAACCAGAAUUCAGCCUCAAGUUUUGUGAUUAGUUACUUGUAUAUCUAUGCAAAAAGAAAAACUCUACUAGAGGAUAGUUGAAGGAAAAAGUAUGUUGAAAGAUUUUUCGAGCUAUUCUCCAACUGUCAAAAUUGUUUUCCAUCCUUUUGGCUGUGGUUCUCAAUGAGAGCUGAUUUUACCACUCAAGGGACAACUGGCAAUAUCUAGAGAUAUUUUUUGCUUUUCACAACUCAGAAUGAGGAAGAAAAGGACAGGCAACUGGAAUCUAGUCAGCAGAGGCUCAGGAUAUUACUAAACAUUUUAUAAUGGACAGGAACCCCUCCCCCUCAAAACAAAAAUAAUUUUCUGGAACAAAAUAUCAAGAGUAAAAAAGUUGAGAAAUUCUGCUUCCAAGGACCAAGAUAACAAAUUACAGCCUCUUCUUCCUAACAUAUACCAUUCUGAUUGAUCUGCCAAGAUGUUAGAGCUACAAAUUCCAAACUACAGCUGCCAAAAUCAACUGAGGUAUAUUAAAUAAAAUAUACUGAACUCUAUUUCAUACCUACAAAUUCAGGCAUCUAUGGUUAAUAAAAUCUCCUCAGAUAAUCCUGUGGGAUAAACAGAACCACCACACAUGAUAAAAGCCAUAUUUGAAAAAGUUAUAGCUAUUUAGCUUGCAAUAUUUGAAAGGAUAUGUUUUCAAAGACCUGUUCUUGAGGUUCACAGAGGUAAAAGCUAGCAUUAACUGGGAUUAACUUCAGGAUGACAGAUUUCAACUGAAUAAAGGGCAAAAUUUGCAACAAAAAUAAUAACUAUCAUAUUUAUAAAAUGCAUGAUGUGUAAGACACUACACUAAAUACUUUGCACAUUUAAAUCCUCAUAGAAACUGUCAAAAAGAAAAUGACCUUCCUUGUUACUGGACGUACUAAUUGAAUGGAGGUUAGAUGACAUGUAACAGCAAUCUAGAACAAGUAGUUAAACCUCAGAUAGUUAUAGGACUCUGUGAUGCCAUAGCCUUAAACCUAAUUCACAAAAAACUUCCCUGAACUGAAGCUCAUUUCCAGGAAUAUCUAGAAUGUCAAAAAAUCCAACCAGUCCUUUGUAGCUGCUCUAGCAAAAUACUAGUAUCCCAAGAAGGUAUCAUCUAGUCCUUUGAUUUCUUUUCCUCUAAAAAAAAUUAAAUUUGGAUAAUAAUACAGCACAUGACUUGCUAUAAUACUAUCCCUUCACUGACUGCAAGCACCCCCAACUGGGCAUUAGUGAUCUUCAUUGUAUACAAAAGGUGCUAAGAGCUCAUUUCUAUGGAGCAUACCACAGAAACAAGUGUUAGCAUGUUGUUAGUCCCUUCUGAAACAAUCUUUUGAAAUUUCUUUGUUUUCUGACAAUGGUCUCUUCAUAAAUAUCUCCUAAAAUAAUUCCAGAAUAAAUAAAUUCUACAAGACCA